AUGCGCCUUAUCGGUUUAUUGCUGUUGAGUGUUCCAUUGAUUUGCGGACAGUUCACGUCGCAGACAUAUCCAGAUCCGCGGCUUGAUCCCUUGUCGUGCCGUUUGGCACUUCCCUCGCAAGUUUGUGAUCCGAGUGCGAUAGUAUCCGAUGAGGAAAGAACACGAUUAGUGCAAAGGAUCAACCAGCUUCAUGGUGUGACCUCAAGCAUUCGCAACACAUCUCCAGCAUGCUCUCUUUCGCCCGACAAAAAUCUCGAGAUUAUUGUUGCUAUAAUCGACAAAAUCGGAAGUGUUCCCGGCGUGCCAAUUGACAUCGAGAAAUUCGCCAACAAUCUCAAACGUCGCUAUCAGAAUUUCCAAGAUAUUGGAAUGUGCGACACGACGGUGCUCAUUGUGAACUCGCGACAAGAUCGGCAGGUGUUCACGGUUGCCGGAAGAGACGCCAAGAUUUCCAAGGAAAUUCUGAAAAAUGCAUUCGAGAGAAAUAUUGGACACUUCAAGACAGGAAGAUAUGCUUUGGGACUUGAAGGAAUGAUAGAGGUUAUUGUGGCCGCAUACUCAAAUGCUCAUAUCGUCCAAGUGCCAACCCCAGAAAUCUUCAAGCCAUCGAGCUUCGUCCAACCACCGUCCACCAUUGAAUCGCAAUCAUUCCGUGCCGCCGGUAUUCCAAACAGCGUCCAACCAGUUAAACGCCCAUUCGCCGCUCUUCAAACCGAAACUGUUGAAGAGGAUGACAAGAUUUGGGUGUCCAUUCUGCAACAAGCAAUGUCGAGAUGCGGAAAAAAUGAAGCCGAUCUUCCAAGACACGUGAGAGCCGUUGUUGAAGAAGCUAUGAACAUCUCCCUAAAACUGAUUUCUGAUUCGAGAUACAACAAAAUCGAGGAAGAAUCUGAAGAGCAUAAAGAUGUGCUGGAUAGUCGACAAACAGCAUGGGAAUCUGCUUCACGCGACUUCAUCCGUCCACUGUUUGCGAAAUACCGCAACACAAUCCUCUCAGGAGCCUCACAAACUUGUCCAGCUACUCCAGGAGUCUCGAGAAGAAAGCGAGUUCACGUUUAG